CUUUUUUGGCGUGCGUGGGAGCAAGGCCUUUCCGCAGGCCAAGGGAAGCCGUGGUACGCAUUGAUUCGCUGCGCACGUAAUCCAGAAGCCAGCGCUCCCGUCGGCCGCCCCGCAGCAGACCCAGCCAGAGCUCAGCUCUCUGCUCUGCGACGCCAGCGCGCGCGGCGCGCCGCCGCGGAGCGCCACAAACCAACCAUGGCCCAGGACGGCCUCUACACGAAAUUACACUUGGCCGUCCGAGCGAGGACGCAGCCCGGACAAGUGGUACUAGUAAGCGGUAGCGCGACGUCCGACCGCACGUCGGGCGCCCUGGAGAUGGUCACGAGCCCCGACCAGUACCCCAUCUGGCGGACGCCGAAGCCCGUCAUCAUCGCGCGGGGCGUGCGCCACGACUACCGCUAUUCCAUCCGCUCCGCGCAUGACGUCGAGGCUGAACCGGGCCACGUGCGAAGCGUCAAGACGAACACGCCGGAGCUCCACAAGGAGGACGACUUCGGCGUGACGCCGCCGGAACCGCCCGACGUGCCCCUGAAGAAGCCGUCGCCCACACCAGGGGCUUCUAGACUCGUGAUCGUUUGUUAUCAUCUACCAGUUAGAGUGGUAAGAGACGCUCAGAACAACUGGACGGCCUCGUGGGGGUCGUCGAUCAUCGCCAAGUCGCCGUCCGAGUCCAUCGCCGAUUCUCGCGAGACGUGGUGGGCCGGGACGAUUCAUGGUGGCCUCAACCGGCGCCAGUUGACGGACCAGGACAAGGACGAGAUCCGCGCCGUGCUCCUGAAGAUGAACUGCAUCCCCGUCUUCUCGUCGAACAGCGAAGAGGGCUACCUCAACUACUGCAAGAGGAUUCUUUGGCCUUCUUUCCAUAACGUGACUGUCUUGGACCAGUGCUGCGCGGCCUGGCACGAGCGCGCGGAGUGGGACCAGGACGCUGGUAGUUCCUGGUCGGCGUACGAGGCGAUGAACGGGGAUUUCAGAGAUAUGCUCUUGGACUUUUUACGGGCGGGCGACACGGUUUGGGUCCAUGACUACUACUUGAUGCUCUUGCCUUCUCUGUUGGCGACGUCGGAGCCGUUCCGGGUCGAUCGGCACCAGUCGCGGAAAGCUAGGAUUGUGUUCUUCUUGCAUGCGCCCUUCCCGACGUCGCAACUGUUCUGUGCUUUAGCCAAUGGUCCGAAACUACUUGAGGGAGUUGUUGGGGCUGAUGUAGUAGGCUUCCAUGCGUUUGAACACGCGCGGCAUUUCCUGAACGCGUGCACGCGGCUCAUGGGUAUGGAACGCGCUUCCGUGGCCGGGGGCAUCACGGGCGUGCUCCAUCAGGGCCGGACGGUCAUGGUGGUUGUUCGUCAUGUCUCGGUCGAGACGGACCAGAUCGAACAAGCUCUUAGGGAUGAAGUGCCUUCGCAUGUCCCUGCUAUUGAGGGGUUAAUACAGGAGCCCUCGCGGGAGACGCCGAACAAUGCCAAGAGGAUUGUAUUAUGUGGCGUGGACCCCUGCCAGCGCCUGAGCGGUAUCUCGCUCAAACUGUUGGCUUACGAGCGGUUCCUCGCGGAGUAUCCUCGGUGGAGGGGUCGAGUAGCGUUGGUGCAGUACUGCCUGUUGGACGGUACGCGCGUGCAGGACGAAGCUCGCACGUUAGAUGAAAUCAAAGCGCUUGGGCAGAGAUUAAAUGCGCAGAACCCCGGUAGCGUCGUAUUGAUAGAGCGACCUUCAGGAAGGUUAGGCAUGGCGGAACGCUUAGCCCUCUUCCAACGCAGUGAUGUGCUCGUCGGCACGGCCAUCCGAGAGGGCCACACGUUGUACCCGUCGGAAUACGCCCUCGCACGAGCUCUGAAGGGACGACCGGGCGUCAUACUGGCCUCGGAAUUCUCCGCAACUUCCACACUCAUGUCCGGGGCCGUGAACGUGAACCCGUUUGAUGUUCCCAGUGUAGCGGCAGCGUUGGAUACGGCUCUCAGCAUGGAUGCGGUUGAAAAAAGAGACAGGUUGGAUCGCGACCUGCCAUACGUGAAAAGUCGUCCGAGUGGCCGGUGGACGCAGGAGAUCCUGGAAGACAUGGAGACGGUCCAUCGCCAGGUUGCGGUGGAUGAGGACGCGUCCUUGGCCAUCGCGCAGCGACUGGAGAUCGGUCGGCUGGCCGAUGCUUUUUCCAGAUCUUCCAGAAGGUUUUUGUUCUUGGAUUUAGGUGGGACGCUCAUACCGAAGGGCGACAGUGUCAGCAAGGUGCUCAAAAGUGCCACGAAGGGCGCGCUGUUGCGGCCCGGGGUGAGGCGCGCGUUGCAGGCUCUGUCGGAGGAUCCGCAGACGACUGUUUACGUUGUAAGUGGUACGACGCCCUCCGCCCUAGAAAGUUUAUUUUCUGAUCUACCACAACUAUCCUUAGCGGCUGCCAAUGGCCUAGCGACGUCCUUACCAUCUCAACGACCGCAGACGACGAUGACGAGUUACGGCACCGACUGGGACGCGGUGCGCAAAGCGGCCCUGCCGCUCAUGAAGCGGCGCGCGGCCUGGACGAACGGUUCCGCCGUGUUGAAGCGGGAACCGGGCUUAGCUUGGAGUUAUUACAGGGCGGACCCCGAAUGGGGGCGGAUCCAAGCCUUGCAGUUGGCCCAAGACCUCGAAAGUAUCCUGGCACCGUUCGAUGUCGCAGUAGCUCAUAGGGAGGGCAUGCUCGAGAUCGUGCCCCAGGCCAUGCACAAGGGCCACGUCGUCAAAAAAGCUUUAUCUGAAGCUUUGAGUCGAGGGGAACCGCCGGACUUCGUCCUUUGUGUGGGCGAUUCGUUGUCCGACGAGAAGAUGUUCUCGUCGGUCUAUUCGUACUUGGCGGACGCGCCGCGUGCGCCCUUGGAUCGAGCGUUUACGGUUGCGGUGGGGCGGAAGGCGUCGCGAGCUCUCUUCUAUUUGGACGACGACGCGCACGUCGGCGACGCACUCGCUGCGCUCGCGGGGCGCGCGGCGUAAGGCUCAUCACAUGCU